UGCCCUGCCUGACGCACGCGUGCUGACAGGGGAGGGGAAAGGGGAAAGCUUCUCCCGCACAUAGCUCGCGGUCAGGGCACACGGGAGGAGAUGCCCGGCCAGGGUCCAGUGUCCGAGUGGACGGAGUGCAGUUCUUCCACAGAGCCGCCCACAGGGGCCAGGGCCGAGGGUGGCGGCGGCGGAUCAGCUGGAUAUUCUUAUUACCAGAAUUCCAAAGGUAUUGAUAGAUUCAAAGAUGGACACAAAAUGAACUCACACAUAGCCAUGCUGCAAGAGUUAUGGAAAACGCCUCAAGUUCAAACAAUUCACAUCCCUAAAUCAAUGACAGAGCCAUCCUUUCUAAAGCAUCCAGACCUCACCUUAGGCCAGAAGCGUUACCUGUGCAGCAUUGCUAAGAUCUAUAAUGCAAACUAUCUGAGGACGUUAAUGAAGAGGCAGUACAUGCAUGUGACCCAGCACAGCUCACAAAAACCAGGUGUCCUCACUCAUCACAGGAGCCACCUCAGUUCUCGUUACUCACAGAAGCAGCAUUACCCCUGCACUACAUGGCGACACCAGCUGGAGAGAGAGGACUCGGGGCCUUCUAACAUUGCAGCUGCAUCUGCACCUGAGAUGAUCAUACAGCAUUCCCUUUGGCGACCAGUGAGAAACAAAGAAAGUUUAAAAACUGGAUAUGCAUCUAAAACAAGAUGUAAGUCACUGAAGAUUUUUAGAAAACCAGGCAGACUGUUCAUGCAAUCAGUUUCCACAAAUGAUUCUGAAUCAUACAUGAAUGAAGAAAAAAAGGAAGAUGAUUUGCUAAAUAAGUGUAUGCAAUCAAUGUCAAUUGAAGAACACGGAGAACAUCUGAUGCUAACUUGACAAUCUUGAGUAUUGGUGAUGUGCCACAGGUGGGGGGAAGGGAUUGUGAAUCGUGUCCUCUCUACAUUCAGUAUUGUUAUUCACCACUAAGUCAUUAAGUAAUUUUAGUUUGUUCAGAAACUUUUACUACCAUGUAAAUGGUUUGAUGUAGUUCCAUGUACGAAUAUUUUGUGUAAUAAAAUUUGUGUGAAAUAUAUGCGUGUAGUCCUAGCUAGGUACAAUUAAAAUUCUUCUUGUC